AUGCAACUCCUCCGUGGCCAAACCCUAAAGCCCUUUUUCCGAUCAAUUUCCACCACCGCCGCGGGCGGGUCCGCCGUAAAAUCUCAUCACAACGAUGACAGGAACAGCCACGGGUUCCUUCCAGCAAACAAGUACCUUAAUUCAUGGACAAAACCUAAAGAUCCUAAAGAAGCUGAAGCUAAGCUCGCGUUUUUACGGCGCGAAUACGCCAAAAAAGUGAGGGAAGUUAGGAAAGAGUACAUACAUGAAAUGGAGAUGCAGAGGAUUGAGAAAAUGAGGAAAGACGCAGCGAAAAAGGAAGCGCAAAGAAUUGCUAAUGAAGAGAGGAAAGUUGCUAAAGCUGCUGAGAAGAAAACUAAAGCUAUGGAAAGAGAAGCUGCCCAACAAGAGUUCCGCAAAACCUUGGCCUCUAGUUCUAGGUAUCCUAUGCUUUGA